AUGGUCACAGUAAAACGCCGCUUCAUCCGCCAGAAUCGCGAGAUCGCCCGGGUCAAUUCAACCCAGUCGCAGCGUAUCCGCAACCUCGAAACUGAAAUCUCUCGCCUUGUCGCGGACAAUAUCUCCCUGCGCGAACAAGCGAUUGCCGCUCAGGCCGAGGCGGAGCGAUGGCGCGCCGCAAGCAGCAUCAAUAGCGAGAUUUUCGACCUCAGGGAUCGGCUACAGAAAAAGAUGGAGGAAGUGAGCGAAUUGGUCGGAGAGAUGGGGCGAAUACCCGAGAAAGUGGCACGGAAGGGGCGCCGAAAGAGCCGUCUUGCCAACGUUGGGCAGAGAUUGAGUUCAGCCACGGAGGAAGAAUGGAGGCACCGGCUGUCUAUGAGGGAGGCGACGGCGGCCGAGGCGGAGCUGAAUGACGGAAGAUUACCCGCGAUUCGUGAAGACAAGCUCUAUCCUAGGCGAACACUGGAAAAUGCCGAAUUGUCUGUUCUACGAGAGGAGGCGGCAAUGCAACAGGCUUCAGAGUCGCCGGAGCUAGGCCCACCACCGGAGGUGCACUUCGACCUCAACGAGCCAGUUGGCAUGGACCUGGCGAGGACGUCGGAGCUCGAAACAGGCGGUGAAGACGCUAUGCGAUUGCCUUCGAUGCUAGAGAGAAGGCGGAAACGUCGAACCAGUGCCUUGCUGCAGACGGUGCCCCCAGAAGAGCCUGCCGAUGAGGCGUCGGAAGCACAACCUCAACCCCAAGAUGUACCGACGCCGAAGCUGAGCCAACAGCCACUGAAAUCCGGUGCUAAACGAAAGCUCGAUGCAUCAGAGCUCGAUGGACCAGUUAUGCAGCAGCCUCGGACUGAGGAUGACGACUUUAUCUUUCAACGUCGGCAGGAGAUAUGCAACUCCGCCGCUGCUGGCACGAAGAAAGGGUCCAGGUUCACGAGGCCACCUGGCCGAGAGAGCGCAACAGGCGUACAGACGGAGGCUCAAUCUCCACAGAAGGCCACAAUUGCAACUAGAAAGAUCCUUGCACCCAAGAGCACUAACUCACCUACGAAGAGGAGAGUACCUGUCUCCGAGAAACCCAAAGACGACCAAGAGGAGCAACCAAGGCAAAGCACGAUCAAGCCGGUUCGCCGAAUCAAUCCUCCGCCACCGUUCGAAACGGAAAACCUUGCUAGGUCCACAGACAACGAGGAUGGCGGAGAGAAGGAUCUUCUGCUGAAGACACCGGCCGGAGGAGUUGACGGUAUACUGUCGCCCUUGUCCACAGAGCCUUCUGCUCGUAAUCCGCCUCACCCCAAAGAAACAGCAGUAUUGAGUUCGGUGGAGGAUGUGCUCAACGGAAGCAUUGGACGGGGAUCUCGCCGAGCACGAGCUGCAGUAAGCUAUGCGGAGCCUAACCUGAGAGAUAAGAUGAGGAGGCCAGGCAAAGAGCUUGUCGGUGCUGUGGAAGGACUGGAACGAAACAAGGAAAGCACUACGGGCUCCAGAGGAGCAAGUGUUGAUCGGGCCAGGUCGGAGGACGCCAAGGCAAAUGAAGAUCAAUGCAAGGUGGUCAAUAUCAAGCAGGAGAAAGACGCCGGCGCAGAAACCCGGUGGAAGGAUCUUCCCAUGCGGAACAACGAAGAGCCGACCAGUCCACUAAGGGACAAGGAGAGAAAAGAGCGAAUAAACAGUGACAGCAAGAAAAGUGAUGAGGGUCACAAUGUGACAGAAGCCCUGGCCAAAGCCACCGAUCGGCUGAGUAUGUUCGACCCGCCAGUAUCCUCGCCUAGGAAAGCCGUUGAAGAGGCGGACAUCGAUCGAAGCGACCACACAGGACCAUCGACGGCAAGACGGAAACCAUCCGCGAACAGCUUGACCAGCCGAAGGCAUUCGGUGCAGCCAUCCUCUUCCAGCUGCUCUGCCGCCGACACGGAAUCUCGUCACGGUCCUCCCUUGGAAGGAGGUUCCUCCACCGUGCGGGUAGCCCCUACACGCCCAAGUUCUGCGGCCAGUACGCGUAGUGAGCAAAUGGCCAGCAUCGCGAGGGACAUCAAGCGCUCAAGCAGCGUCAAUUUGAAACCGAAAGCGAACGAGACAUCAUCCGGUGGUGGUGCUGGUUCCGCUUUGAGUUCGAGAGCGGAAAGGACAUUGAAUCGGCGGCGGAGCAUGAUGGUUUAG